UGGAGGCUCAGAUUGUGGGAAAUGGUCAAUGCAGGUGUGACUAUAGUGACCUGGGUUUUUUAAGUAUUACAGACAACAUGAUAUGUGCUGGGUUUCAAGAAGGAGGGAAGGGACCCUGCUUUGGAGAUUCUGGAGGUCCACUGGUUAGUAAGCAGGGCGAUCGCUGGAUUCAGGCUGGAGUUGUGAGUUUCGGUGUUGGUUGUGCUAAGCCAUUUUUCCCAGCAGUCUAUGCAAGAGUUUCCCAGUACAAUGAGUGGAUAAACAGCCACAUCACCAGAAACCAGCCGGGCUUUAUCACCUUUAAAUCCAACGGGAGUGAAAGUGAUUUCAAUGUUUCCUGUACAAAACCAACCUUUGACCCAGUGAUAGUAAACAUAUCUGAAGUGUGUGGUCAACCGUCACUAAACACCAGGAUUGUUGGAGGACAGGCAGCUCCUCCAGGCAGCUGGCCUUGGCAGGUCAGUCUGCACAUCUACGACCACUUCUGUGGAGGAUCUCUGAUUAGCGACCAGUGGGUGCUGACUGCUGCUCAUUGUGUCCAAGGGUGGGAUACGGUGCCGUCUCUUGUAACAGUGUACCUUGGUCGCCAGCGUCAGGAGGAAUCCAACCCAAACGAAGUCGUUCGGAAAGCAACACAGAUCACUAUUCAUCCUAACUUCAGUUAUUCUACUGCAGACAAUGACAUUGCUCUUAUAAGGCUUUCUGGACCAGUGAAUUUCACCAGCUACAUCUCACCAGUCUGUCUAGCUGCCUCAGACAGCACCUUCUACAGCGGGGUUGAGUCCUGGGUAACUGGCUGGGGAAACAUUGGAGAUUUUGAACCCCUUCCAUCACCUGGAAACCUUUCGGAAGUGGAGGCUCAGAUUGUGGGAAAUGGUCAAUGCAGGUGUGACUAUAGUGACCAAGGUUAUAUAAGGAUUACAGACAACAUGAUAUGUGCUGGGUUUCAAGAAGGAAUUAAGGGACCCUGUUUUGGAGAUUCUGGAGGUCCACUGGUUAGUAAGCAGGGUGAUCGCUGGAUUCAGGCUGGAGUUGUGAGUUUCGGUGUUGGUUGUGCUGAGCCCAAAUUCCCAGCAGUCUAUGCCAGAGUUUCCCAGUAUGAGAGCUGGAUUAACAGUUUGAUCAGCAUCAACCAGCCAGGCUUCAUUACUUUCACAUCUGAAGGGACUGACAGUGACCUCAGCAUUUCCUGCACAACCCCAACAACAACACCAACUAAACCUAAACCUGUAGUCUGUGGACAAGCCCCACUGGGUUCUCGUAUUUUGGGAGGUGUUUCAGUGACGUCAGCUGGCGAGUGGCCAUGGAUGGCGAGCUUGCAGAGAAAUGGCCAGCAUGUCUGUGGAGGGACGCUAGUGUCUGAGAACUCUGUGCUGACCAAUGCUGACUGCUUCUCAGACUCGAAUGAGGCGUCUGAGUGGACAGUCAUGUUGGGUCGUCUGAAGCACAACGGAUCAAACGAAUUUGAGGUGUCACUGAAUGUGAUAAAUAUCACUAUGAGCAACCUGACAGGAAGCAACAUCGCAGUGCUAAAGCUGUCAUCCCCACCCCCCCUGAACGACUACAUCCAGCCAAUCUGCUUGGACAAUGGAAGAACUUUCCCAGUAGGGUCAGCUUGUUGGGCUGCUGGCUGGAGCUCUGAAAGAGGA